AUGGGUAGAGAUUUACUUUGCAAACUUAGAGCACAGAUAUUUUUUGAUGAAAAGGGAUCCGUAGGAGUGAAAUAUGGCAAUGUGAAUUUAGAGAUGCCUAAGGAAGAGGCUUGGAGAAUCAUGGUGGUGCAGGAAGUCUCAGGAGACAAAUGGAGGGAGUUCCGGGUUCCUGGGCUGUGGGCGGAAGAUAACCCCCCUGGUUUUGCUGCUCACCACAUCCCUAUCAUUGUUGAGGAACUACCAAUGAGCCUUCCUGUAUGCAUCCGCCAGAGGGGGUACCCAAGAGAAAUUGUGCAGGCUAUUCAGGAAGUCAUACAACUGUAUCUGACUUAUAAGAUUCUAGUGCCCACUGACUCCCCAUGGAAUUCACCGAUUCUGCCUAUACCAAAAGGGGAAGGGAAAUAUCGAAUGGCUCAGGAUCUUCGUCGGGUCAACAGUUCAACAGUCACAAUUUAUCCCACGUUGCCAAAUCCUUAUGUGUUACUUGGGUUAAUUCCACCAGAAGCUAAAUGGUUUUCAGUUAUUGAUUUAAAAGAUGCCUUCUUCUCUAUACCCAUUCAUAAAAAAAGCCAGCACUUGUUUGCCUUUGAAUGGGGAAAUCCGACAACAGGAAGGAAACAGCAGUAUACUUGGACACGCCUUCCACAGGGAUAUAAAAAUUCCCCAACGCAUUUUAGCGCGGCGUUAGCUACGGACUUGGAAAUUCUAGAUUUACCCCCUCCUGAUGUUGUGUUGCAAUAUGUGGAUGAUCUUUUGGUGACAGGGCAAACAGAAGAGGAUUGUCAUGCCAAUACAGCAGCCCUGUUACUUCUGUUACAAGAAAAAGGCUAUAAAGCUUCUAGGGCCAAAGCACAAUUGGUCCAAUUGAAUGUUAGGUAUUUGGGAUAUGAUAUCCAGCAGGGGCAAAGAACUUUGGGACAUGAAAGGAAGGAAGCCAUUUGUCAAUUACCAGCCCCAAGAAAUAGGAAGGAAUUGAGAGGCUUUUUAGGAGCAGCAGGAUUUUGCCGCAUUUGGAUUCCUAACUUCGCGUUGUUAGCAAAGCCACCCCCGAGUCUGGGACUGCCUAAUUUAGACAAACCUUUUCAUUUAUUUGUGGACACUAAACAGAAUAUGGCUGUGGGGGUGUUAACUCAGAAGAUGGGAACGUGGUAUCGACCAGUUGCAUAUUUGUCAAAACAAUUGGAUCAGGUAGCAAAAGGGUGGCCCUCUUGUCUUAAGGCUGUAGCAGGCACGGCUUUACUUACUCAGGAAGCAAAUAAACUUACUUUUGGACAGCAGUUGAAUAUCUACACCCCCCAUGCUCUUCGGGCUGUUCUGGAUCAGAAGGGCCAUUUGUGGCUUACCAAUCCACGUAUGUUGAAGUAUCAGGGGCUUAUUACACAUAACCCCCUCAUCAAACUUGUUCAGUCAUAUGCUUUGAAUCCUGCCACUCUGUUGCCUGAACCAGACUCUGAGAUCUCUCAUGAUUGUUUGCAAACUAUUGAGGAAACCUAUGCUAGUCGCCCAGAUUUGAAAGAUGAACCCUUUUCCGACCCGGAUGCAACCCUUUUUACCGAUGGAACCAGUUUUAUCCAUGAAGGUGUAAGGAAAGCAGCUUAUGCCAUAGUUACUCUUGAUGAUGUAUGGGAAGCCAAGCCCUUACCUGCAGGAACUAGUGCCCAGUUGGCAGAAUUACAUGCACUCACUAGGGCAUUGGAAUUAGCAAAAGGUCUACGUGUCAACAUUUACACAGACUCCAAAUAUGCCUUUCUUACAGUUCAAGUGCAUGGAGCUUUGUACAAAGAAAGAGGUCUUAUUACAGCAGGAGGAAAGGACAUUAAAUAUGGACCCCAAAUUUUGCGUCUAUUGGACAGUGUGUGGGCCCCCAAACAAGUUGCCAUUAUGCAUGUACGAGGUCAUCAGAAGGGGAUUUCAACAGCUGAAAGAGGAAACCACAAGGCUGAUCAGGUGGCAAGGGCAGCAGCUUUGGAUCCAUUCUCCCUGCAAGCUAACUGCCUUACUUUGUGGAUCCCGAACGAAGAGGAUGAACCCCCCUCAUAUAGCCACUCGGAAGUCCAGCAAGCUGAAGCUAUAGGGGCAGAACUAGUAAAUGGGUGGUGGACUCUGCCGGACAACCGGGUGUUUGUACCUCAGCAGACUCUGUCCAGCCUCUACACCCUGCCAAAAGGAGAAGACGAAGGAAGGACGCCACCUCGCCUGCUGAUUCACGGGAAGCAAUCGCUCUACGGCCAGGUGGUGAAGACCCCUCUGCAGGUGUCGCUCCAGAAAAACCAGCUUGUUUGUUAUCAACCAACCACUCCAGUUCGCAUAAAAGUCAGUGUAUGGGCCAGCCUGGCCCUACUUGACAACCCCAAGAAAUCUCAGCUUUACCACCUCACCACAGUUACUGCUUUAAAACAAGGACAGAAGCCCAUCACCGUAGCAUUUGGUGUGCUGGGAAUUCCAGUGUAUGACUCAGUCGGUCCCAUUAGUCAGAAAAGAGAAGUGAACACAGCCUUCUCUAACUUUCCUUGCAAGGAACUUACUGAAUAUGAGAAAUCAGAUACAUGGAGUUCAGAGAGAAUUGUAUGCACGUAUGGAAGGGCCACAUGGGCUGAAGAUGGGUCGUGGGGUUACCGCACCCCGAUUUACAUGAUAAACAGAAUCAUGCGAUUACAGGCAGUGUUGGACCUGGCUGGGGAGAGAAUUGACAAAUCCUUGAAUAUUCUCUCCACUGCCACGGACAAACUUCGUACUGCAGUAUACCAAAAUCGAUUGGCUCUCGAUUACCUCCUCGCAAGAGAAGGAGGAGUAUGUGGGAAGUUCAACCUAUCAAAUUGUUGCCUUCAAAUUGAUGAAACUGGGAGUGUCAUUAAACAGCUUACCACGGAAAUGAGACAACUCACUCAUUUCCCAGGACAAGAAUGGAAAGGAUUGAAUCUCGCCUCAUAUUUUAGCUCUUGGUUGUCAAAAUUGCCCGGAUGGCAGGCUAUCAUUACUUUUAUUGGCCUGAUUGCAGCAGGAUGUAUAAUCAUUCCCUGCAUUAUGCCACUUUUUGUCCGUGCUAUCAGCAGUUCUUUAUCUCUCCUGGUGGAAAAACGGGCCACUGCCAAGGUCCUGACACUUAUGGGACACACAGGAGAGGAACAUGAGUAUGUGGGGCUCAUAGGCAAUAGGGAGCCUGAUACUUAUGAAACUCCACAAUAA